AUGGCGAUCGGACGUAAAUUCGCGAAAACUUUUCAAAAGGCAUUAAGAAAGGUUGAUGAAAAUGUGAAUGGCUUCGAUCUUUAUGUGAUAGCAAUCAACGAUGAAGAAUUGGAAAAACCGACUGACGAAAGAAUGUUUGUUCUCGCUGCUUCGAUCAAGACUGGUUACACAAUCGAUCGAUUAUACGAACUCACAAAAAUUAAUUGCUGGUUUCUUGAAAAGAUGAAGAACAUUAUCAAUUAUUAUGUGUUUUUAGAAAACAUCGAUUGUACAAAACUUUCGCAGGACGUGCUGCUGGGCGCAAAGCAGAACGAUUUUUCGGACAAACAAAUUCCCGCUCUCGAAGAUCUGUAG